UUUUAUUAAAAUUUAUUGCUUUCAUUUUGACAAUUUGUCGAUUUCUUCAUUGAACGUUUUAUCUUAAAACUUGAAAAAAAGCUAUUUAUUUUUUUCGCAAUGGUUAGUGGCAAAGAAUUUCGUCAAUCACUUCAUAAGCCACUGCCUAAUUCACCACCGCUACCAAAAGAAUGCAGAUUGGUUCCCGCUUUCACUAUACAAGCAAUUCAAAGGGGAACCUGCGUAAUUCCGCCGCCAAAAUGUAAUCCGUUUCGAGUUCGUCCCGCAAAACCAAGCAGUUUUAAAUCGAACUAUGAUAGAGGUGAAUUUCCGUUGGGGGUCUCAAGUUCAAAGGAAAUUACAUGGAAAGUAGAUCUAGAUAAAUUGGAUUACCACCACUACUUACCAUUAUUGUUUGAGGGACUUUCCGAAACUCAAGAACCAUACAUGUUCAUUGCUCAACAAGGAAUUCAUGAUAUGUUACUCCAUGGAGGGAAAAAAAUAUUUCCAUGCAUCCCACAACUAAUAAUACCAAUCAAAAAUGCAUUGAAUACAAAAAAUAAUCUUAUAAUGCGCUCAACUUUGAAGGUGCUUCAGCAUCUUGUUAAAUCUGGUGAUUAUAUCGGUGAAGCCCUAGUUCCAUAUUACAGACAAAUUUUACCGGUUUUAAACAUUUUCAAAGAGAGGAAUGUUAAUUGCGGCGAUGGAAUUGAUUAUAGUCAAGGAAAAGGUGAAAACUUGGCUGAUAUAAUCAAUGAAACAUUAGAAACUCUUGAAGAGUAUGGUGGAGAAGAUGCCUUUAUCAACAUAAAGUAUCUUAUACCUACCUACGAAUCUUGCAUUAUGAAUUAAAUUUCUGGCAUAACCAAUUCCAAAAGAAGGAUAAACAAUGAGAAUAGUAGCAAAUUAUAGUUUUAUUAUACAAAAUCUUAAUUUAAACAGAAAAUGAAUAUUAAUUAAAACUUUAUGAUAGUAAA